UCUAAAAUAGCUUUUGUGUGCAAGGAAUCACCCCUGCUCCACAUUACUAAACAAAGACCCAUUGAAAUACGACACAUCACAUCUGUUUCUCUCAUUACCAUACAUAUACACUUAAAUUCCAUCAUCUAGGUUCAAACAGAAGGUAGAACUGAGAGAAAGUGACACUUAACACUUUGGGAAAAUCCUUAAGAAUGCCUGCAAACUACAGUGGAACGUGGGACAUAGUGGAAAAUGAAAAUUUAGAAGCUUACAUGGUGGCCCUUGGAAUUGAUUUCGCCACACGGAAGAUGGCAGGGAUGUUAAAGCCACAGAAGAUUAUUGAGCAAGACGGAGACUCUUUCACCAUUAAAACGUUAACAACCUUCCGAAAUUACUUCUGUACAUUCAAAAUCGGCGAAGAGUUUGACGAGGUUACUAAAGGGCUGGACAACAGAAAAUGCCAGACAACAGUGAAUUGGGACAACGACAAACUUGUGUGUGUUCAGAAAGGAGAGAAAAGGAACAGAGGAUGGACACACUGGAUAGAUGGAGAUAUUCUAUACCUUGAACUUAAAUGUGAAGACCAGACCUGCAAGCAAACCUACAAAAGAAGAGCUUAAUUCAUUUUGCUGAAAUUAAUAUUAUGCUGAAUUUAAUACAAAUGUCAGUGGUCCCUUUUUGUUAUUUUAAAAAUAAUAAUAAUAAAUUGCACCAUUCUAACUAUUCAAUGUGGCAUUGCAUGCCAACAUUUUUCAAGUGUUUAUGAAGAUAUCAGUAAGAUUCAGAAAAGCAGUGGUUAUUUAUUAAAUUUAUCUGAAUGGUUUUAUGAUAAUAUAAUAAUCUUGAAAGUGUUUUAGAGACUUUUUUUCUCUUUGGUUUGCCAAGUCAGAUCAGAUUUCAGUCAUCCACACAUUUUUUUAAGUAGUAUGUUAAAUUUAUAUUUAUGAAUUUGGCAGACGCUUCUAUCCAGAGUGACUUACAAUGCAUAGAAUGUUUAUAUUUGAGCAGUUUGUGUGUGUGU